AUGAAGAAGCCCGAAUUUCCCGCCGCUGUUCGGCCUCGCCUUUUUUUCGUGCCCCAGGAUUCGCUCUGUUGCUCUCUCUUCCUCUCCACUUCCUGCUGGUCCGCUUCUCCUCUCCUCUCCUCUCUCCUCGCAUUGCGCUCUCCAAAAGUAUUCUUUUUAUUUUCUUCAAUCUCCCUUCCUCCUUUCGGUCCUCCCCAGCAUCCCUGCGCCAUGUCGUUCUGGAAAGAAGCGUGCCUGAACCUGCGUCAUGCCGUUCCCAAGGCCGGGAACAGCAUCGGUCGCACUCAGUCCAAACAAUUCCUCACCUCUUCCUACUCGACUCAGACACCCCGAGUGAUUGCCUCAAGCAGACUCUCCAUAAACGCCCGGAGGAACUUCCUGAGCCAACAGUCAUGGAUGGCUCGCCGCAGCUUUUCCGUCACGGCCGGUGCUCAACACGGCCAUAUCACGCCGCCAAAGCCCGGGGAGGAAAUCAAUGUGACUUUCAUCGACAAGGAUGGCGUGAAGAUUGAACUCCAGGUCUCCGAGGGCGACAACUUGCUAGAUAUCGCACAGGCAAACGAUAUCGAGAUGGAAGGUGCCUGUGGUGGCUCAUGCGCCUGCUCAACUUGCCAUGUGAUCGUCGAGGACCCGGACAUGUUUGAUAAGAUGGAAGAGCCGUCGGACGACGAGAACGACAUGCUGGAUCUGGCGUUCGGUCUGACGGAGACCUCCCGGUUGGGAUGUCAAGUGGCCAUGAGCAAGGACCUCGAUGGUCUCGUGGUCCGGCUCCCGUCGAUGACUCGAAACUUGCAGGCAAGCGACUUCGAGCCCAAGAAAUAA